AUGCGUGUCCACCCUUUCUAUUGCCGAUUGAAGAGAUUUUUAUUUGGACGCGAUCUCGAGUUUGAUCGCGCCGUCCAUCGUCUCUACGCGGAUCCUGGCCAAGUGUGCACGAAUCAGGUUGCAGACCGACUAUUCCAGCGUCUUUACUGGGCACUAAGAGCUCUCCAAUACAAACUAUUUUAUAAAGACGAAGAGCUGGACGUGGACGAAGUGACUGAACGUUGGGAGGUUGGUGUUCAACCUCCAUCGCUUGAUGAGUUAGCUCGAACUACCCGUUUCAAUCGACGAUGGAUCAAAUACAUGUACGCUAAAUUCAAAAAUGAAUGUCCUUCGGGACGAAUGCGAGAACACGAAUUUCGGCAUGUACUCUCAGCGAUUAUUUCGCCAGAAAGAGCUACUGAUCAGUACAUUGCACGACUUUUUCUAGCAUUUUCAAGCGAUGACAAAAAGACUAUCACGUUCCAGAAUCUCAUCGAAUGCCUCUCACUCAUUCAACCCCAAACAGCGGAAUCAAAUGCGCGUUGGACGAUACGAAUCAUCACCGGCUGCCAAACGGAUCGUUUCGCAUUCCCGGAAUUCCUCACAUUCACUCAGGCGGUGUUCGGCCUGAAUGAAGGAAAACCGGGCGAAUUCAGCGAAGAUAGUAAUGGAAACCGAGAUAAAAACAAGGAAUCCGUGGAGCAUCGCGCAACUACUAUAUUUAAUGAACUAGAUAGCAACGGCGACGGCUUCGUGACGUUAGACGACAUGACACGGUUUUUUCAGUCCUUUGAAAUCUCCUCACAAACAGCGCCAAUGAGACGACCUAAUAAUCUUCCAGUUUGAGAUAUAACAUAUUUUGUACAAUCAUGAACAACCAAUUGAAAUUAAUUAAGCAAUAAAAAUCU